CAGAGGGCGGGAAUAACGCUGUGCAAACUGUAAGAACGUUCUUGGAGUUCUGCAACCUAAGACUGUAUCUUUUUUGGUCUCCUCCCCUCUUUCCUUUCGCUCAUGACGUUAGCAGGGUUCCCUUCCCCAGGCACACAACCUGUGUUUUUAGAAUCCCUUUCCCCAAGCUUGUUUCCGUUUACCUGUAAUGAUUUUAUUGUAGGAUUAUUUAAGUAUUUUAUUUUAUUUUAAAGCACACAGUAGCUAAAAAAUGUAUCCCGGAGCAGGACCCGUUGUUACUCCUCCCCCACCCAUACAGACAGUGGCCUUCAAGCCCCCAAUGCGGCCAGAUUUUGGUACAGCUGGAAGAACAAUUAAACUACAGGCCAACUUUUUUGAGAUGGACAUUCCAAAAAUUGACAUCUACCAUUAUGAACUUGAUAUCAAACCAGAGAAAUGCCCUAGAAGAGUUAACAGAGAAAUAGUUGAGCACAUGGUCCAGCACUUUAAGACCCAGAUCUUUGGGGAUCGGAAACCGGUAUUUGAUGGAAGAAAAAACCUUUAUACUGCAAUGCCACUUCCAAUUGGAAGAGACAAAGUGGAAUUGGAGGUGACAUUGCCAGGUGAAGGUAAAGACAGAAUAUUUAAGGUGUCAAUACGAUGGUUGGCAUGUGUCAGCCUACAGGCCCUGCACGAUGCACUUGCUGGACGAUUGCCUAAUGUUCCUUUUGAAACCAUCCAGGCACUGGAUGUAGUGAUGAGACAUUUACCCUCCAUGAGGUAUACGCCUGUGGGCCGAUCUUUUUUUACCCCGUCUGAGGGGUGUACAAAUCCUUUGGGUGGAGGCCGGGAAGUCUGGUUUGGUUUUCAUCAGUCAGUAAGGCCCUCCCUGUGGAAAAUGAUGCUUAAUAUUGAUGUGUCUGCCACAGCAUUUUACAAAGCUCAGCCAGUAAUCGAGUUUAUGUGUGAAGUACUGGAUUUUAAAAGCAUUGAAGAACAGCAGAAGUCUUUAACAGACUCUCAGAGAGUCAAGUUUACCAAGGAAAUAAAAGGUUUGAAGGUGGAGAUAACGCACUGUGGUCAAAUGAAAAGAAAAUAUAGAGUAUGCAAUGUUACCCGACGACCAGCAAGUCAUCAAACGUUCCCACUUCAGCAGGAGAAUGGGCAAACUGUUGAAUGCACAGUCGCACAAUAUUUUAAAGACCGGCACAAACUAGUUCUACGUUACCCUCAUCUUCCUUGUCUGCAGGUUGGACAGGAGCAGAAACAUACUUACCUCCCCCUAGAGGUGUGUAAUAUAGUUGCAGGACAGAGAUGUAUAAAGAAGCUAACAGACAAUCAGACCUCUACCAUGAUUCGAGCCACUGCUAGAUCUGCACCAGAUCGACAAGAUGAAAUAAGCAAACUUAUGCGAAGUGCAAGCUUCAAUACAGAUCCUUAUGUACGGGAGUUCAGUAUAAUUGUGAAAGAAGAAAUGACGGAUGUAACUGGACGUGUUCUUCAGCCACCUUCUAUUUUAUAUGGAGGAAGGAACAAAGCAAUAGCUACCCCUGUUCAAGGUGUCUGGGACAUGAGGAACAAACAGUUUCACACUGGAAUAGAAAUUAAAGUGUGGGCAAUUGCCUGCUUUGCUCCCCAGCGACAGUGUACCGAAGUACAUCUGAAGGCUUUCACAGAGCAGCUAAGGAAGAUUUCAAGAGAUGCUGGUAUGCCUAUUCAGGGACAGCCAUGUUUUUGCAAGUAUGCACAAGGGGCAGAUAAUGUGGAACCUAUGUUCCGGCAUUUGAAGAAUACCUAUGCUGGUCUGCAGUUGGUGGUGGUAAUUCUACCUGGAAAAACUCCAGUUUAUGCGGAGGUGAAGCGUGUUGGUGACACAGUGCUAGGUAUGGCAACUCAGUGUGUUCAGAUGAAAAAUGUCCAAAAGACUACACCACAGACGCUUUCAAACCUGUGUUUAAAAAUCAAUGUCAAGUUGGGUGGAGUGAAUAACAUCUUGCUGCCCCAAGGGAGGCCUGCAGUAUUUCAGCAACCAGUCAUAUUUCUUGGAGCAGAUGUAACGCAUCCACCUGCUGGAGAUGGAAAAAAGCCUUCUAUCGCUGCCGUUGUAGGGAGUAUGGAUGCACAUCCAAAUCGGUACUGUGCCACUGUUCGAGUACAACAACACAGACAGGAAUUAAUACAAGACCUUGCUACAAUGGUUCGGGAGCUUCUCAUCCAGUUUUACAAAUCAACCCGGUUCAAACCAACACGCAUUAUUUUCUAUAGAGAUGGAGUUUCUGAGGGACAGUUUCAGCAGGUGCUUCAUCAUGAGUUGCUUGCCAUAAGAGAAGCAUGCAUUAAAUUGGAGAAAGACUAUCAACCUGGUAUCACUUUUAUUGUUGUCCAGAAAAGACACCAUACUAGACUGUUUUGCACAGAUAAGAAUGAACGGGUUGGAAAAAGUGGAAACAUUCCUGCAGGUACAACAGUGGACAAAAAAAUCACUCACCCAUCAGAAUUUGACUUCUACCUCUGUAGCCAUGCAGGCAUUCAGGGUACAAGUCGGCCGUCGCAUUACCAUGUGCUGUGGGAUGACAAUCGUUUUUCAUCAGAUGAACUCCAGAUUCUGACAUAUCAGCUCUGUCACACUUACGUACGUUGUACGCGCUCUGUGUCGAUACCUGCACCAGCUUACUAUGCUCACUUAGUGGCAUUUCGAGCUAGAUAUCACCUAGUAGACAAAGAGCAUGACAGUGCGGAAGGAAGUCACACAUCUGGUCAGAGUAACGGCAGAGAUCAACAGGCCCUAGCCAAAGCUGUUCAGGUUCAUCAGGAUACACUGCGCACUAUGUACUUUGCUUGACACUGAUUUGUUGCUGAUGUAGCUGAACAGGACUGGGUUCAUUUUGGGCAAGCUGCACUUAGUGCCAUUUGCUGCACAGGCAAUGGUGACAUCCAGCAGUGAGCUAGCUAUGCCUCCUUUUAGAUGAAUUUUUAAUUGAAGAGAUUGUAACAACCUGUUGGUUUGAACCUUAUUUUUGAACUGCAGGCCUUUCCUGGGUCCCACUAUUAACAGUCUUUAUUGGAGGUAACAGAACAUUUCAGUCUGCCUGUCAAACAGAACAGACACAGUGCAAAUGUAAACAGUGUGUGCGUGCGUGUGUGUGUGUGUGUAUGUGAGUGAAGGUGCGUGUAUAUAUUAUGUAUAUUAGAGCAAGAAAGUCACUUGUAGACUGUGUGAAUCUUUAAAAUAUCUAAUAACUUAUCAGUGUACUGUAACUGUUGAUGCCAGCAAAUGGAAUGUGUUAACGCAUUUCAUUUGGCAGCAUCUGCCACCAGCCAAUCUGCCUGGAAACAAUAGCGUGGACAAAGAAAAUAUUUUUGAGCCUUAACACCAGAUCUAGAGCUUAGCAUUCAUCUGGGGCAUAAACUGACAGGUUUUCUUUCUGCAAUUUUUUUUCAUAUUUCUAAUGUUACAAAGCCCUAGGCUAGUCUGUGUCUUAAUGAAACCAGUGCAUUUAGGUUUCAUAGACAUGCUGCUGAAUAAUAUUUCAGAAGGUGCUUUAAAAAGUUUCCAGCCCCUCCCAACAACUCUUAAAAACUGUGUGUUCUUUACUUUUGAAGCUCUUUUACCACCAGCCAUAGGAUUCUAGUAGAUUGUCGAUGGAUUUAUAUGUAGAAAUUUGUAAUAUAAGAAGGACUUCAGAGGCACUUGUGCAUUAUUUAUGUUUUUCAGAUGCUAGUUUUACUUGUGAAUGUGGAGUUAUUUAGCAAGGCCAAAUCUGUGAAGCAGUUGCCAAAAUUCCAUUGUAUGCACUGACUGAUGUCUAAAGAUUUGGAAAAUGUUACAUAGCAGGUCGCAUCUUUAUGAAGUAUGAAUAGAGCUGAUAAGUUAAAUGGUCCAAGAGCACUGCCCAUAUAGGGCCAUGUCAUUUUUUUAAAGUUUUUAUGUUUUAAGAGUGAAAUUCAGAACCCUGAGGAAAAUACGGGUCUCUUAUGAUAGAAUUACCAGCAGCUUAGUUGUUACAUUUAUACAGUUCAAGCCGUAGAAAUGUGUACAGCACAGUAUUAGCAUAGUAUUUUAGCAGUUGUUUUAUUUAUUUUAUAAUCCAGAAAUAUAUGGUUUUGUGAAAACUUGACUCAUGCUCAAGCAUGUUUGGGGAUGUUUGCAAGAAAAGUGUAAGAGAAAUAAGAAUUAAAGUAUUGGAAAAUU